GACAUAACAGGGUGAGAGAGAGCGAGAGACUAUGAUUGGAUGCCAGUGACAGAGUAAAAGACUAAAGCAGCUUGUGAAUUUUCUUACUUGUCAUGGGCCCUCGGGGGUCGAUCGAGUGGCACCGCUGACUCACAGAGGACAGGACGGAAGACACGCGAAGAAACGCCAAAGAAGACAAACACAAGAGACGAGAAGUAACUAAGGACAACAAGGCUUUUAUAAAGGGAGGCAGAGGGCGCUUCGUCCACGGGGGGGGGGAGACUUCGGCGUGUCGCCUCCACACGCAGCGCCGACGAGGUCACUCAGAUCCAUCGGUCCGUCAUCCGGCCAUCUGCACAGCGGUCCAGCGAGGUGAGCAAAGGGCCGCAGCCAUGAAGAGGCCUCACGACUACAGCUCCCCCGACUCGGACACGGACGAGUUUAUUGACGUGGGACAGGAAGACGGCUAUUGCCCAGUCACGGGGUCCAUGUCUCCUGGCAGCGCCUCGCAGAUUCUGGCCCGAAAGAAGAGAAGAGGGAUCAUAGAGAAGAGGCGCAGAGACCGGAUCAACCAUAGCCUGUCUGAGCUCAGGAGGCUGGUGCCCAGUGCUUUUGAAAAACAGGGCUCAUCGAAGCUGGAAAAGGCGGAGAUCCUGCAGAUGACUGUGGACCACCUCAAACUCCUACAUGCCAUGGGAGGGAAAGGUUACUUUGAUGCGAGGGCCCUGGCAGUCGACUACAGGACCUUGGGCUUUAGGGAGUGCGUUGGAGAGGUGGUGCGGUACAUCAGCUCCCUCGACGGGGAGUCCCCGGACCCUAUAGGAGUCCGCCUGAUCUCCCACCUUUCUCACUGUGCAAGCGAGCUCGACCCCCUUCUCCUACAGUCGGCCCCGGCCUCCGCCAUGCCCUUUCCUCCAUGGCCUUGGGCAUCUUUCCCUCAGAUCUCCCCCACCUCACCGGCCUCCUCCUCCUCACCUCCUUUCCCCAGUCGGCGAAGGGAUCUGGCCCUACUGGGGAGCUACCCGUCACACGCCUCCCUCCGCCUCGGCCCCCUGGCCGGCUGCCAGCAGGGCGUUCCGCCACUCCUUGCGCCUGCAGCCCUGGCCACCGUCCACAGGUUGCCCUCUCUGGCGGCGGCCCCGGUCCUGGCCUCCUCCAGACCAACCCAGUCGUCUCCUCACAGCGCCACCAGGGCCUCGCCCCUUCACCUCCACACCCCUUCCUCUUCCUCUCCUUCUACCUCUUUCUCUUCUUCUAAUUCAUCAUCUUCCGCCCCACUGCAGGUCUCUUUCAGGCCUUUUGCACCUCUGGGGUCUCCCACAGCUCAGCGCAGGGGCUUGAGCGGACAAGCCAAGUCAGCCCAGGGAUGGGGGACUGAGAUCGGAGCUUUCUGACAGUCAACUCUGGUUUUGUUUUCCAAAUGAACUCAGUCCAGUGAACAUGGAGCUCCCAUGUGCGCCAUGUAGCGAAUAUGAAACUGUUGUUGAAAGACCUAUUGAACCUUAGAUGAUUGUAUUUGCUUUUAAGGGACUCUAAAAGCCAUAUCAGACUGUGGGUAAAGUGUCAGAUAAUCAGAAACAAGCAUAUAUGACAGAAGAAUGAAGGAAUGUGAAGGAAUAGAAGAUUUUAAUAAAUUCCGGUUCAUGAUCUUGCUCGACAAACAUAUAGACACAGCUUCUAACAGAGCCAUAACGCUCAGCAGAGCGCCUUUUAACUGUGAUAUUUGUUUUUGUCCAAAACAUUUUAUACAUUUGAUUACAUAUUCAGAGUCUGAAGAAUGUUUUAAAAAAUCUCUAUAAAAACUAAGUGCCUUUA